GCCCGGGUAACCGACACAACUAGACGGGGAGUGGGAGAAGUUGGGCUCCGGGAUCCGAGCAAGGAGAAGGAUUGGCGGGUGGAGGGAGCGGCGCCGGAGGAGGGGGACGGGAGGCGGUGCCGGGAGUGCGGAGCUCAGUAGGAUCAGUGGCAGCUUGCUUUCUAAUUGUAAAUCACUGACCUGCAAAAUGAAGAAACUCAGAGGUGUAUGAAGAUUAACAGAGGGACAAGAAUGAGAGGCAACAAGACAUGAAAGAAAGAAACGACACAAGGAAAAGAACUCAAUGUAGAUCCAUGUCACCAGAAAAGUAACUGAGCAAGACAAACUAGAAAAAAUAAAAGAUGCCUCCAAAGAAAGAAAAGUCUCCCAAGUCAGCAAAGAAACAACAGUCAAACUCCAAAGGAUGGGAGGCAGGACUGUUAGCAGCUCAGAUUGAAGAGGACCAGUGGAAGCCAGCUAUUUAUUUUGCAGUUGGUGAGAAGCUAGAGAAUGAGAUGUUCCUUGUUGCUCUGUCUGCGGCUAUCAAUGUCCCACUGCGUAAGCUUUUCAGUAUCAUUUCUUGGGAAGGAACAAUGAAGCAAAUCUCUGAGUUUGGAGACCCAAAGAAUCAGAAGGCAAAUAAUCUCCCUAUGUUCUAUGAGAUCACAGAAGCAGCAUGGGCAUUGUGGGCUAAAGGAGAAGAGCUUCCAUUGCCACUGAUCAGUAAACUGGUCAAGUUCCAGAUCCUGCGCAUUAAACAGAAAGACCUCCAAAAGAAAGAAAUUGAAAAUAAAGCCACAGGGGAAGAAGAGGCAACAAUGUCAGCAAGUGCUGGCAAGAAAAAAACUGACAAAAAGUCUGCAGGCAAAGGGAAAGGCAAAACAGAAAAGAAAUCUCCUGAACCACCAGUUGCCAAGAAGACUACUAAGCUAUUAAAGCGGGGUGAAGUGGAGGUUAUAGAUAGAUGCAUAAAUGAUGAACCAGAUGAUGGUCCUCAACACUACAUUAUAAUCCAAGGUUUCCAAAAUCUUCAAUUCCUACUCAUGUUGGGAGAACUUGGAAUUAAUAUAUCUGCUGUAAUAAGAAUCAGUUAUGAAAUGAAUAAGAAUCUUCUGCAGCCAGAUACUGCUGAAACUGAGAUGCAACCCUCUCUGACACCUGAAGCUACUGAAGCAGAGAAACAGAAGAAAGAGGCAGCCAUCAAAAGCCUGGAAUUGUUUUGGAAGUACCUUGAGCCAGUUCUGAAUAGUGGAAAACCUGGAUCUAAACUGUUUGAUGUAGCCAGACUCCAGUAUACAGUGAAGGAAGACAUGUUACCAGAAGAAUGGAAUGAUGAUACAAAGCUGGAGCUUGGUGCUGCAAUAUUUGAAGAUAUUGCCACCAUGAUUUAUGAUUGUGAAGACUGGAAACGACAAUAUCAAAAUUACCUGCGCAAUAUCAAGUUGAUUACUGUCCCAGAAGCUUCAAAAGGUGAAGAGAUGCUUGCACUUCAGUCUCCCGUCGACAGGAAGAAACUUUCCUCAGCCAAUUUAGAGCCUCAUCCUGAGCAAGAUGCUUCAACUUUGCGGGUCGAUAUGAGGUACUAUAAUGAUCUAAUGAGCUUAGUGCCCUUGGAGAGUCUCUCUGUGCCUUUAAUAUUACACUGUAUACUGGAACAGGUUGUUGCAACUGAUGAAAGUCUAACUCCUCCAAGUGAAAUUGUUCCUAAACCACGAAAAGAUGGACUGGACCAGAGUCUGGUAGAUCAUUUACUAUCAACUGUGCUUAGUCUCUCCAUGUCUGAAGAUGAGAAGCAGAAAAUUGUUAAGGAGCUUAAGGAUCCACAACACAUGCCCAUGAAUGAACAUUCCACAGAUCUAUCAUUUCACAAUGUGGAGAGAAAGCAGGAUGACGUAAUGAAAGAAGACAAGCCUCUAGCAGAUGAGGAAAGCUCUGAGCCACAAGAAAAUAUACAGCUACCUGUGCUCAAGGAGAAGGAAGAGAAAGUAAUCGAGGGAAUGGACAAAUAUGAACAAAAAAGACCACAUGGAAAGCAGCCUCUCCUCCUUAAUCUCCAUGACACCAUGACACAGCGGACAUAUCAUCUGAAGGUAAUACAUGGCUUUGAUCCUGCUAAGAUUGAGCAGGAAAUGAUGAAAAAGUUACCAGUGGCGAAGUCUCUUAAUUUUAUUCCUCCUUUGCCUGAGAUUGAUGAUAAACGAUUGGCCAGUAUUCAAGACCUUAUGUACUAUUGUACCAGUGAAAAGAUGACACGUUCUGAGGUGGAAAGAGCUUUCAAGCAAUUUUUGUUUGAGAGCAUGAAGUUCACCAAAGUGGAUGAGAAUGGAGAAUUGGAAGAGAAGGAAGACAUGUUAGAGGAAGAGCUUGAAUCGACAUAUAUACCCUGGGAUGACCCUGUCAGGUUUGCAAAGGAAAUGAAAGAAAUUGUUAAUGUCAAGAAGAUGGAAACACAAAACAAAGAUGCAGAGGACUUACUUACCAAAGUCUCAGAAGAAUCAGAAACAUGCCCUCUAAAGUUUAGUAGACACAGUUUGAGGAAAUGCAGCAUGUCCUGCAAGGAACCACCCAGUUCAGAGCAACUUGUCGAUGCUUCUGAAAUGGUUAAGAGGGAAAGUAGAAGAGAGAGUUUAACUGAAAAGGAUAAAGCUGAUACUCUAAAGAUUGAGAUAAAUGAGAUAGCAAAACUGCAGCUCCGAUCACUGAUGGAAUGGUGUUAUGCUGAGCAGCAUGAUCCAAUUGUUCUGAUACAGGUUCUUCAGGAAGCUGUGCCAUUUUAUAGAUGUCUGGAUACAUAUUACCACAGACAGGACAACUCUACACUACUGGUCUUGCAUAACCCCAUGAACAAACAAUGUCAAUGUAAACAAUCUUGGAAAACAGCCCUGCACUCGGAUGUUGGGUUCAGAAAUUAUUUGGAACAUGUUGCAUAUUUAAUCUCAGACUGGGUGGAAGAAGAGGAAGCCAAGUAUCAAGAGGAGUUGGCAGCUAAAGAGCUAGAAGCCCAGAAAUUACAAAUAACUCCACCUGAAGUACCUACAGAUCCCGUAACCGUUUCUGAAAACCCAAAGAAGAGGAAAGCUGCUUCUGGAAGUAAAACUCAACCAAAUACUCCAAGACCUGACUCCAAACCAGAAGCUGUUGUUGAAGAAGAAGAUAAAGAAAUGAGUAAUGAACCUUUCAUGCGUGAGGGAUCACUUAAAGCUUGGAAGAAAGACCAGGAAAAAUUGAAAGAGGAAGAACAAAAAAAAGAAAAAAAGGGCAAGAAAGAGAGGCCGGAAAGCAAAAAGAAGGAAGGAAAGGUACAAUCAGUGGGGUCCAAAGCAACUAAAUCAGCAACAAAAUCAGCAAGGCAGGACAAUAAAACCAUCAAAGAGCAAGAAGCCACUUCAGUGAUUGUACCAGAAGUUCAGCAACCAACUGAGCCAAAGGAAGAAUUUUACAAGUUUACUGGCUACAAUUUUGGAAAUGAUUUGAUUCAAGUAUCUGGUGAAGUCAUGUCUCUUUUCCCAGCUGAUGGAGGACACAUUCAAGUGAAAAUUAUGAACUUCUUACAUGGUUCAACAAUUAUUCAGAUGUGUGUAAUGAAGGACAGUCAUAAUUUCUUCACCUACAUCACAGAUCCCAUAAAGAAUUUGGAUGAAAACAAAGUUGUUCCAACAGAGAAGACGCAGUCUGAAAAUUUUAAGGAAGAGGGAGAAAGGACAAAAAUGCCUGUCAGCAAGUUUGGAUCAUUUUCAGCUGUCCUUGAUGAUGGAAUAAUUUUAACACUUAGUAAAGAUGUCCCUGAAAAGGAACAGAAAAAAGUUGAAGAAGAUCCAAUACUAGCUGAAAUUUUGAAUAUCCCACCAGUCCAUGCCCCUACACCAGGUCCUAUUAUCACUCCACCACCCACUGCUAAACCAGAAAAAUCCUCCAAGAGUAAAAGUACUCCCUCAGCAAAGGGGAAGAAUAAGAAGGAAUCUAUUUCGAGUGCACCUGUAGAGGAACCACAGCAGCCAAAAGAAGAACCAAAGGUGGAAAUUGAACAGCCUGAGCUUGUACCUGCACCCACUCCAGAAGAUGUUCCAGAACCUCCAGUGUUCUUGCGUUUGAAUGCAUGUUCUCCAGAUGGACUGUUGACUACAUUCUUCACAGAACGCUCCAUAGGUAUUAACAAUGAAGAUGAGUAUGAAGAAAGAAUACUGCUGCGUCAGAGUUAUCCCAUCAAAACUAAAGGCUCCCAGCCCUGUGAGGCAGCUCGAAAAUGGCCUGCAAUGCAGGAAGCAUCAAGAGUCAUUACCCUCCAGGGAACUGUGGUAAAGUACAUGAUGGAUGGAUCUACUGAGAUUCUGUUUGCUGAUGGGACUGUGAGCAGAAGUCCAGAUUCAGGUCCUGUUUCCAUUCCUCAACCAUCCACUGUAACAAGAGACCAGCCUGACACUGAAGAUCAAGAACCAAAGGAUGAAAAAGAACUAAAAAGAUUCCUAAGUGAAGAAGGAAGUAAGAGAGGAAAGCAUGGUUAUAUAGAUCAAUCUGUACCAAGAACUGAUGAACCUCCUGCAACACAAAUUCCUUCAAUAUAUCCUGUACCUGGUACUUGGAUAACUACCACACCAAUUGGGUUAGUUAUAGGAACAAAAGGCAUGGAAAAGUUGGAUAUAAAACCCAUUUUAGUCUAUAAAGCCACAGAUCCAGGAACUGGAGAAAUAAUGAUUACAAGACAGGACAAGGUAAUUACUGUGUUUGGGAGUGACAAUACCAUGGUGGAACAUGCUGAUGGAACCAGGAUUACAACAUUUUUUCAGGAUAUCUCAAUCCCAGAUGACGAGCUACAAGAUGGAACUGAGGUCAUCCCAGAAAAGGUGACUAGGUAUAUUAAGUGCAUAAAGGUGGAGUGCGUGGGAUUUGCCACUGUUUUAAUGAACUGGGAUGACUGCACAUGCUGUGCAGUAUUUGGAAACAGUACAACCAUCAUUGCUAAGCCACAAGGCAUGUACCAGGUUUUUCCAGCAAGCGCAGGGAGUCUUUUAAUUGACCAGGAUGGAUGUGCUGUUUACACAUCGGGAACUAAUAAUGAUAUUGCAACACACCCUACUAUCAGUAAUAUGGAACAUCAGCCUGGUGCUUAUUUUAUGAAAUACAACUCACCGAUCAUCUGUGAGGUCAUGGAUCCUGAGGGAAAUUAUUUCCAGGUAACGUUAGACGGUAAUAUAUUUACUACUAUUCACAAUGACGAACAAAAGAGAGAAGAUGCAUUAUUCAAAGACCAAAUGAUUAAACAUGAACCCAUCACCUAUACCAAACAUGCCCCAAGAUUGUUUAUUCUGCAUGCUGAUGGCUCAGGAACUGAAUUACUACAAUCAAGUGAUGUAGAAGAAUACAUAUAUCGAGCAUGCUCCAAUUCAACUACUGCAGUUUUGAAAGAACAAUUGCCAGAAUAUCCAGGUGUCUUGGGUAUUACUUUUCUCAAGCCAUCCACCAGGGAUGUUGGAUCACGCUGGUUAAUUAAGAAAGAUGUGGCCAAUAUUAUUCCACCUAACCUUCAAUCAAGAAAGUGGGACACAUUUCCUCAAAAAGAGUGCAAGGUUCCAGGGCCUCCUAUUGGCAUGGAGCUCUGUGAUCAGCAAGUGCAACAAGCGGACACCCCGUCUCCUGUUGUCUUAAAGUGUCCCUCAGUUCUGGAAGUCCAUCAACUGUUUCAAUAUGAGCCCAUAAACACAGAAAUGCGGCUGAAAAUGCAGACCUGCCUUAAGGAGUACAUAGAACAUAUUUUGCAAAAGGAGCAAGUGCAAAAUGAAAUGAUGCUUAAGGAGCCACGCAAUGAAGAAGAGGUUGCCCAUGCUACUGAUCUGCUCAGAUUGGUUCGGUCCUUCCCUGAUGAUGAACUAUGUCAAAUGGAAGAAAAGGAAGCAAAUAAAGUUGAUGUAGCCUCAAUUUACGAGGAAGCUAUAGCAUCCACUUUCAAGAAUGUAUCUGAGAGGCACCCAUGUGAAUGGACUGAAGUAGACACAGAGAGCAACCAGAAACAAAACCGUGCAUUUCAAUGGCCACAAAGAAUGGAAAAAUACAGACAGGAGCUUGAAGCAGAAAAAGCCUCCAGACUGGCUUUGAAGAACAUGAUUGUCCCACCAUACUUUCUUUCUGACCUGGACAAAGCUUUUGACACAUCCCAGAGCUGUGAUAUGGACUAUUUACCAAGUCAGACAAUGAAGGUACCAAGUUCAUCUUAUCAUCAUUCAGACAUGGGUGUUACAAACAGACCGACAUACCCAACUUCAGCUGAUGAUGCAGAGACAGGCACGUGUAGUCUAAAAAGAAGAGACAACACAACACAACAGGCAGUAGAUUCUCAGUACCAAAAUUUCACUGCUGAUAUUACCAACAGCCCAACAUACACAAUUCUAGCUCAUGGAAUGGGGUCAGACACUUGCAGCCACAGAAGAAGAGAUCGCCCAACACAACAGGCAAUGACCUCUCAAUAUCUAUAUUCAAAACCAGAUAUUAGUAACAACCAAAUAAAUCCAAUUCCAGACCAGGCUUCAGGAACAGGCACAGGCACAUACAGCCCAAAAAGAUCAAACAGCCCAACCCAACAGGUAUUUUCUCAGUGCAAGUGUUCCACACCAGAAGUCAAUAACAAACUGACACACUCAGCUCCAGCUCGUCAAUCAGAGACAGGCACAUGUAGCCUCAAAAGAUCGGGCAGUCCAACACAGAAGGAAGUGUUCCCUCAAUGUCAGUAUUCCAAUCCAGAUGCUUGCAACAGACUCCUUAAUCCUGCUCAUGCCACGGAGGCAGGAAGAGCUUGUCCAAUGAACGUUGAUGUUCAAGAACCAGAGACAAUAACUCCUCAAUGUCAAUGUUCCACAACAAAAGCCAUCCUACAAAGAAUUGCUGAACAAGACCUGACCCCUCAGAAACCAAACAACUGUUGUUCCUUGCACAAACCGCUUUCCAUUCCUGUAAAUGAAUUGAAAAACAUUGGGGCAGUAAAUGGAAUGCUGGAAUACAAGCCAGAAGAGUUACCAGGUAAUGAAAGUAACAUCAUAUUCCACAAAAGCCUGGUAAUUAAUGCUGCCAGCCAGCCAAGGAAAGAGAAGGUCAAACUUCCAUCAGCCAUUUUGAGCUCGAAGCCAUUUUCGCUACCUAAUCAGAGGUUCGCAGCUAUAGAAGAACCAGUCAGAAGAAAAGUCAAUACCAUUUCCAUUGCUGGGGCUGUAGCAAGUGGUCUGUUAAAGGAACCAUCACGAGGCUUUGAACUGUUUCCAAGGGAGGUGAAUUUUGGUAUCCUACAAGAGGGUUUCACCUAUGCCUAUACUGUUUCACUGAAGAAUGUUGGAAUAGACUCUUGCAGAUUUCGAGUGAAACAGCCACCACCUAGCACUGGACUUAGAGUUUAUUUUAAACCAGGACCUGUAGCAGCAGGUUUGAAAACUGAUUUGGAAAUUGAGCUUUAUGCCAUGGCAAUUGGUUUGGAAUGUACUGAAGGAGCAGGAUACCUUUGUCAUCACUUGGAGAUCCAGACUGAAGCAGAAGAAUUGUUCCUUCCCAUUACUGCAAAUAUCUUUUCAAUAUUCACUGUCAUUACUUGCCUAAGUUAG